UAUAAAUAAACAGUUUUCAACUUAACCUCAAUUUGUAAGUUUAAUCACAUAUUUCGCUUUGUAGUCCAAGUGCUCUAAGUAGAUGUUUUAUAAGAAUUUUCCACCAGCAUAUAGAAUGGAAAUGUCCUGUCUAUCUAAUGAUAUAUUUUCACUUUACGAAUUUAAAGAUGUUUGUAGAAUAUGUUUCGAAGAACAUGAAAAUUUGAAAUCUAUUUUUGAAACAAAUUGUGCAAUGCAACUGGAGUACUGUGAGUUCCUCAAGGUGGAUAAAAAUGAUAUUUUGCCAAAAACUAUUUGCACCAAAUGUGAAAUAAGAAUCAACCGGAGUUAUGCUCUGAAAAAGAGGUGUCUCUAUUCUAAGGAAAUUUUAGAAAAACUUUUAAAUGGUGAAACUAAAUUAUUUCCUGGAGAUGUCCCCAAAUUUUUGAAACCCAAACAAAACCAAGGAACACCUUUUGAGCUAGUACCUGCAACCAAUAAAACUGGCUAUCCUUGUGAGAUAUGUAAAUAUGUAUGCUACUCUCUGAAUGAAUUCAAUGCACAUACAAAAGUUCACUUAGCGUCAACACCUCCUUCAAAAUCUACUGAUGAUCAAGACAAGAAAGUAACCAGUUAUGAAAGCAAACCAGAUUCUUCAAAGAGGUCAAAUGAUGAUCCAAAAUCCAUAGAUCAGAAUUCUUCUAAAAUGACAGUUAAAAAAAAAAUUAAUUAUGUUGACAUACCCCUAGCCCCCGUGAUUUUGAAUACUUUCAACCCUGCAAACGCAGUACCAAGUAUUGAAACUUCAAAUUUAUUAUCAGUGAAUACAAAUGUGAAUGGUUCAGAAGAAUCCAGAGUAGGUGAAAUAAGGAAAAAUAAGUCCUCCAAUUUAUUAAGAGAUUCAACACUUAAUAUGAAUCAUUCACAAAUGGAAACCUCAUAUAAUACUGAGUCAGUUGAAUUGGAAAAUAAACACAAUAUGAAUGACACAGAUGAAACGCCAGCUAUAAAUUAUUGUGAAGCUGUUUUUACGGAAAAUUUGCAUGUCCUGGAUCCAAUUACUAUAAAUAACAACACAAAUAGUUUAAACUAUUCAGAUGCAGAUCAUACAUCAUGUGAAAAUAAUUUGUCACCCAAUAAAAAUGGAUCAAUCUUACAUCAUUUAAAAGAAAUCAUUAGACAUCAAAAUGAACUUGUUUCUAAUAAAGUUUUUCCAACCAAUAUACUCAGUCAACCCACCAGUAAUACUAUGGAAAGAACUGCUCUGCUUAACCAAAUGGAUUCGUCAAUGAAUACUUCUAAUUUAAUCCCACCAAAUGAUUCAGUUACAGACUUCAAAUCAAAUGCUUCUGAUGACUCAAACAAAACGAUGGAUGAACCAAUACCCAUGGUUUUAACUAAUCUCACCAUUGUUGAUACCACCACAGGAAAUACCAGUGUUAAUGGGCCAAUACCGAAAUUGAUUUCUUGCACUCAAUGCGGUGAAGAAUUCGAGGACGAGCAUGACCUUACAUUACACAAAAACAUACACUCUCAAGGCGCAUUAAGUUGCCCUAAGUGUCCAAAAGUUUUCAUGUCUCGUUUAUUAAUGCAAAGACACAUGCAAACUCACAUGACAACGAAGAAACAUUUUUGUAAACAAUCUGGCAAAGGUUUCUCACAUGAACACAAUUUAUCUUUGCACAUGAAGAAACAUGAGAAAAUUGUUCACAAUUUAAAAUAUGUUUGUGAUAUUUGUGGCCAAAGGUAUGCUGAAGAAUCUUUUCUGACCAUCCACAAGAAAAAGCAUGACCGAGAAAAAUCCUUGAGAUGUGCGGUGUGCAGUAAAACUUUUUCCGACCUAAAUUCCCUUAAAUUGCAUGAGUUGACUCACACUACAGACAAACAACAUAAAUGUCCUCAAUGCAGCAAAACGUUUGUACAGACCAUUAAUCUGCAAAAACAUUUGAAAGUUCAUAAAUAUAAACGUUUAUUUAAUGAUAAUAAUGUUCAUAUGGAAGACGAAAAUGAGGUUCACGAAUGUGAAUUUUGCAGUAAAACUUUUAAAAGUAAAUACACAUUAAACAACCACAAAAGGACAUGUGAAGAUAAUCCAUUUAUGUGUGUUAUUUGCAAGAAAACCUUUGCCUUAAAGCGACAUUUACUGAUCCACAUAAAUGGCACCCAUGUGAAGAAGGGAAUUUUGCAAUGUGGUGUGUGUGGAAAAGAGUUUCCAACUACACCAGUUUUGCAGCAACAUAUCAAAACACAUUAUGCAGCAAGAGGCGCUGCUUCUCAAAAAAAGAUUAACGAUGAAAAUAAAGAUAUCAAAUCGUCAACGCUGGUAUCUAACAAUUCAACAAAUGUCAUACAUCACUGUCCUAAAUGUGACAAGAUAUUUGAAAGCUCUUGUUACUUACAACACGAGUGCCUUUCCGACCAGUAAUGUAUUUAAUUUCUUUCAAUAAUUAAGUGACAUUAGUAUAAAAAAACGUUCAUUUAAUUUAGGUUUUUUAUUAUUAAUUGUAUUAUCAAUUGAACGUGCAACUCUACCUUGAUAUUUUAAAUUUAAUAUAUAACUUGUGUACAUCAAAGGUGUAAGCUUAAUUUAUAAUGUUACCAUGUAAAUUUGGCAUAACAUUUAUCUAUCAUUUAUCUUCUAUGUUAAAUAUAAAAUGUACGUGGUGAGUUGCCAUUAUAUAUACUGAAAAAUAAUUGUAUAGUAUUAUAUGAUUGUUAAUUAAUAAACGUAUUGUUUAGUAAA